AUGCAUCCACUGUCGCUUGUUUGGUUACAAGGUGGACCUGGUGAAUCAUCUCUCUUCGGUCUUUUCUCCGAACAUGGUCCUAUUCAAGUGGACAAAGCUGGACAACUUCAUUCGAGUAAUAUCACUUGGAAUUCUAAAUAUCAUCUUCUCUUUAUCGAUCAACCAGUUGGCACUGGUUUUAGUUUUACUACCGACGAUCAAUGCUAUGUGCAUACUGAAGAUGAAGUAACACGCGAUCUCUACGGGAUGUUAAUUCAAUUCUUUCAAAUCUAUUACGAAUAUGCCUCAUGUGAUUUCUAUGCCACUGGUGAGUCCUAUGGUGGCAAAUAUGCACCAGCCAUUGUCUACAGAAUUCAUACAGAACAUCCUCAAGCUAAAUUGAAAAUUAAUCUGAAAGGAAUGGCCGUCGGCGAUGAUUUGAUUGAUGCUUACAAUCAAUGGGAUUAUGGACCAGCAAUGUAUCAAAUGGGUCUGAUUGAUCAACUACAACUAGAAUAUCUCAACUUGUUGACAGCAUUGGCACGUGAAGCCAUUCAGCAAGGUCAAUAUAGACAAGCUUACUCUAUUUUUGGUGAUCUUUUCGAUAAUUUCUGUCCAAACAAGGCCGGUAUGAUUGAUGCUGACAAUUAUCUUCGCACUGAUUUUCCUGAGGAACUUUUCUACUACAUUCCUUGGGUGACAGCAAGUGAACAUCGUCGUCAAAUUCAUGUAGGAAAUAUGACAUAUAAUGAUGGUGAAAAAGUACAAAUCGGUCUUCAAGAUGAUGUUAUGCAUUCAAUUGCAAGCAAAGUAGCAGUGAUUGCCAACAAUAAUUAUAAAGUAUUGAUUUACAAUGGAUUAGUUGGUGUCAUUAUUUCCUCCUCAGUGACGAUGAAUUGGAUUGAUAAACUCGAAUGGAACCAUGCCGAUCAGUUGUAUGAUGCUGAACGCAUCGUUUGGAAAGUGAAAGAAGACGGUCGAGAGAUAACUGGUUAUCUAAAACGAGCACAUUCUUUUUUUGUAGCCUAG